UCUGGCGUUCCCGGUCCCGCCAUGCCGGUGCGAGUGAGCGAGUUCAGCUGGCAGCAGACGCCGAGCACGGUCUUUCUGUCGCUGCCUCUGCGCGGCGUGUGCGUGCGCGACGCCGACGUGUUCUGCGGGGAAAGUUACCUGAAGGUCAACUUUCCUCCAUUUUUAUUUGAGGUGUUUCUCUAUGCUCCCAUAGAUGAUGGGAAUAGCAAAGCCAAGAUUGGAAAUGACACGAUUCUCUUCACAUUGUAUAAAAAGGAACCAGUUUUGUGGGAGGCCCUUUCCAUGCCAGAUGUCGACAAAGAGAUGAUGAAGAGAAUAAGAGAAAAGUCUAUUUUGCAAGCACAGGAGAAAGCAAAAGAGGCCACAGAAGCAAAAGCUGCUGCCAAGCGGGAAGAUCAGAAAUACGCACUAGGCGUGAUGAUGAAGAUUGAAGAAGAAGAGAGGAAAAAAAUAGAAGAUAUGAAAGAAAAUGAACGGAAAAAAGCAACUAGAGAAUUGGAAGCAUGGAAAGAAUGUCAAAGAAAAGCUGAAGAGCCAAAAAGAAUCCCGAAGAAAGAGAAAUGUCAACAGAGGAAGCAAGCUGAAGAGAGGGGAACGCUGAAACCCCAGGGCUUGCCCAGGAAGGUUGUGCCUGCUCGAGUCCCCACAAGAGGGAAGAAUUGGGAAAACAUAUUUUCUGAAAAGUUAAAGGAAGACAGCAUUCCUGCGCCUCGCUCUGCCAGCAGUAUUCAAAUCAGCUUUACCCCUCGAAUAUUCCCAACUGCUCUUCGCGAAUCCCAAGUCGCAGAGGAGGAGGAGUGGCUGCAUAAGCAAGCAGAGGCCCGGAGAGCCAUGAGCACCGAUCUUCCCGAAUUCAGCGACCUGAAAGAAGAAGAGAAGAAUCCAGACUGGCUGAAAGAAAAGGGAAACAAACUGUUUGCAACAGAAAACUAUUUGGCAGCGGUUAAUGCGUAUAAUUUAGCCAUACGAUUAAACAGUAAGAUUCCAUUAUUGUAUUUGAAUCGGGCUGCUUGCCACCUCAAACUAAAAAACUUACACAAGGCCAUUGAGGACUCUUCUAAGGCACUAGAAUUGCUGACGCCACCUGUUGCUGACAAUGCCAAUGCAAGAAUGAAGGCAUAUGUUCGACGAGGGACAGCAUUCUGUCAACUGGAAUUGUAUGUUGAAGGCUUGCAAGAUUAUGAAGCUGCACUUAAGAUCGACUCAGCCAACACAGUUGUACAAAACGAUGCGGAGAGGAUUCGGAAUAUAAUUCAGGGGACCGCACUGAAGGCUCAUGACUAGACACAGGAGACUCUGUUAGUACCCUCGCUGCAAAGAGCCAAGCGCUAGAGGGCCUUUGGAAAUGUAGCGCUGAGGAAUCCUGUCUAAAGUGAGAAUGGCCUAUCUCGCCGCCUUGAUCCAGGUACUGGGAAGGCAGAGGCAGGCAGGUCACUGGAGUUCAAGUCCAGCCUCUCCUACAAGGGAGCUCUGCGCCAGUCAGACUACACACUGAGACCAAAACAAGACACAGAGAAUGUUCCGUUUUAGUUCUUGGUCUUAGCACAAGGCUUGCUUGGGCUUUGAUGUUGCUGUGCUGAACUGCCCUUGCUCUUGUAAUUAAAUUGUUGCUGUUGGGGUCUCCAGGGUAACUACUGAGGAAUCAACAGAAUAGAUUGUGCUUAUAAAGUAUUUUAGUAUAUUAAAUGUAGAAUUUCAUUCUAAAUUAUUGGCUUUGGUAUAAUAUAGAGACUAUUUUUAGUCAUUUAAAGAUACACAGAACCAUAUUUUUUCUUUAUAUUAUUUGUUGUUUGAGGCUAGACCAGUUAGAGUUAGAGUGUAAUGAUGUGUUGAAUACCAAACCUGGGUGUGCUGGACAAAAGGAUGUAGAAUUGCAGGCUAGCCUGGGCUACAAAGUGAAACUGUCUCAAGAAAAAAUGAAUAAAUAAA